ACCCUCACCAACUGGAGACUUGUAUCCUGGCUUGUUGCUGCUGACAGGCUGAUGCAGCUAUGGUGACUGGACUAUCAUACAACUGAUGCUUUUCUUACUACAAGAAGACGCUGAUAUUGCUCAUGCUGAAAAUGGAGAAAUAAAGAAAUAUUAUAACCUGACAGGAAUAGCCUGUGUUUCUUGUAGUCAUUUGUUAAACAGAUGAACAAGUGGAUUAGUCUCCAGCGUCGGCAAUGAAGCUAAAACUGAGUAUGUUAUCUGUCUUUGUUGCUGUGGUCGGCAUAUUAAGUUUCAUAUCAUUAGUUGUUGCUAUUGGAACUGAUUUUUGGUAUAUUAUUGAUGCCUCCAGACUGGAAAAGAUCACCAAUUUCUCUGAUCCAUUAAGUUCCCAUUCAGGACUUUGGAGGAUGUGUAAAUUUAAGAACAAGUGUCUCCCUCUGAUAAAUCCCUUUCGACUUGGGAACCUAAACUUCACCGAUUCUCAGAAACAGCUUUUGACAUGUUUGAAGAGAUUGGCCAAAAUGACAAAUGGAUCUGAUGAAGGGGAAGGACUUUCUCGUCAUUCAGGUAUGCAUGGAACGCUUGUGAUUUUACUACCGCUUAGCUUAAUCUUGAUGAUAUUUGGAGGAAUGACGGGGUUUGUUAGUAUCCUGGCAAGAGCUUAUCUACUUCUGCUUUUGACUGGAAUGCUUUUCUUGUUUGGAGCACUAGUAACAUUAACAGGAAUCAGCAUCUACAUUGCCUACUCAGCUGCUGCGUUUAAGGAUGCCGUUUGCAUUUUAGGGAAUAAAAUUCUGGAAGAUAUUGACAUACGAUUUGGCUGGUCCUUGGCUCUGGCUUGGAUAUCAUUUAUCACGGAACUUCUCACAGGGAUGGCUUUCCUGGUGGCUGCCCGAGUGACUGGGUUGAAAAGAAGACGGGAACAAGUUAUAUAAAAGAAAUACGGAACCAGACUACAUAGUGGAUUAAAAAUCUGAUCUUUUUGCCGCUAAAGUGGUAGAAUGUGCAUUGUAGUUCCUGUUGGCCACUAUUGGUGGUAUAAAACAAUUUUGACAAGAAUUUUAACAUAAAGAUUGUUUCAUCCAGCUAUGUUUAUGUCUGCCACUGCAGUUUUUGCAUGUGAGCUUUCUACGUUCAGCCAAUUCCAUUUCCCCCAUUCAAACACAUUAACAUUUUACUUUGAAUUGGUUGACAUUUUCUUUUGCCAAAUGUCAUACAGUUUUUUUUUGUAUGGGAGCCUUUUGUGUAGUCUGCUGUAUAUUGUACCUUGUAAAUAAUAAAUAAAAGGGUUAAUAUAAUUAAAAAGGUUAUAUGCAUCUGAAAAGGACAGUCUCUUUUCAAAUGCAUUAAAGGCAAACAAUCCUUAGAAUGGUCACAUAUAGGAAGAUUCUGACUGUAUCAUGGGGACAUGGGGAAAAUGUUUGGGAAUAACUGUAAAUAAUGGGGAAACUGGGAAAAAUUGGACUGGAAAAAUGAUUAUUUUUUAAUGAAUUCACCAAAUCUGUUUCUGUGUUUGUGUUAUGUGCUAGUAGGGUCAUGUGAGUUGGAAUAAAUAGUUCAAGGGAGGCCCACUUGCACACAGAUUGAUACCCUUAUGUGGGGAGGGCAGAAAAGACUUUGGGGAAGAUUUACUAAAGGGCGAAUUGUCGCCAGCGACCACUUCGCACCCACCGCUACACUUUGCCAGGCACAAAUGCGCUUAGACUACACUAAUUCACUAAAAUGCGGAGUUUCGAUCUGGGCACAGAAUGCUAUCGACUUUUUGCUAGCGUUACUUCGGCAAUGCGAGCAUUUGAUAGUGAAGAUGCGCUAGCGUUCAUUUCUG